AGAUUCAUCUGAACAUAAACACUAAACUACCCAUGUCCUGUCCUAGGAGAAUAGAAAGGAUCAAUGGCAGUAGAGAUUAAGGAGCAACAUGAUAAAGCUGUAGCUGUUUGAGAAGCCAUAUGGAGAGGUUCAUGUCGUAAGGAACUGGGGCCUCCUGCCAACAGCCACAUAAGUGACUUGGAAAUGGAGCCUCCUGCCCCAGUCAAGCUGUCAGAUGACUGCAGCUUCAGCAUACAUUUGACUGCAGCCUCAUGAGUGAUCCUAAGCCAGAACCACCCAGGUUGCUGCCCGAGGAGAUCAGGAGGUGAGCAGCUUCCUGCUUGGUGCUGCUGACAGAGGAAGCAUUACGUCCGAUUUCUGCCGAGCAUAAGGUUUUGAAGAUCAUGACCACAUGGAUGCAUCUAACUAUAUGGUACCUGGGGACAUGUUGGUCCUUUAAAGAGCACGUCUAAAUUACUGGCUAAUUCCUUGGUUUGCCACUCAACGUAGGACAUCGUUUGACAUAGCUCUAUCUAUCAGAACUCUCCUAAAUUUUCCCCACCAUGCUAUCUUUAUUAGCUUGAACUCCUUUCCUAAAAUGGUCCUUCUGUUGAUUCUGUCAGUCCUGCUUUUGAAAGAAGAUGUCCGUGGGAGUGCACAGUCCAGUGAGAGGAGGGUGGUGGCUCACAUGCCAGGUGACAUCAUUAUUGGAGCUCUCUUUUCUGUCCACCAUCAGCCCACCGUGGACAAAGUUCAUGAGAGGAAGUGUGGGGCAGUUCGUGAACAGUAUGGCAUUCAGAGAGUGGAGGCCAUGCUGCACACCCUGGAAAGAAUCAACUCAGACCCCACGCUUUUGCCCAACAUCACACUGGGAUGUGAGAUAAGGGAUUCCUGCUGGCACUCGGCUGUGGCCCUAGAGCAGAGCAUUGAGUUCAUAAGGGACUCUCUCAUUUCUUCAGAAGAAGAAGAAGGUUUGGUGCGCUGUGUGGAUGGCUCUUCCUCUUCUUUCCGCUCCAAGAAGCCCAUAGUAGGGGUCAUUGGGCCUGGCUCCAGUUCUGUGGCCAUUCAGGUCCAGAACUUGCUCCAGCUUUUCAACAUACCUCAGAUUGCUUACUCAGCAACAAGCAUGGAUCUGAGUGACAAGACUCUGUUCAAGUACUUCAUGAGGGUUGUGCCUUCAGAUGCCCAGCAGGCACGGGCCAUGGUGGACAUAGUGAAGAGGUACAACUGGACCUAUGUGUCAGCUGUGCACACAGAAGGCAACUAUGGAGAAAGUGGGAUGGAAGCUUUCAAAGAUAUGUCAGCCAAGGAAGGGAUUUGCAUCGCUCACUCUUAUAAAAUCUACAGCAAUGCGGGGGAGCAGAGCUUCGAUAAGCUGCUGAAGAAGCUCACGAGUCACUUGCCCAAGGCCCGGGUGGUGGCCUGCUUCUGUGAGGGCAUGACGGUGAGAGGUCUGCUGAUGGCCAUGAGGCGCCUGGGUCUGGCAGGAGAAUUUCUGCUUCUGGGCAGUGAUGGCUGGGCUGACAGGUAUGAUGUGACAGAUGGAUAUCAGCGAGAAGCUGUUGGUGGAAUCACAAUCAAGCUCCAAUCUCCAGAUGUCAAGUGGUUUGAUGAUUAUUAUCUGAAGCUCCGGCCAGAAACAAACCUCCGAAACCCUUGGUUUCAAGAAUUUUGGCAACAUCGUUUUCAGUGUCGCCUGGAAGGGUUUGCACAGGAGAACAGCAAAUACAACAAGACUUGCAACAGUUCUCUGACUCUGAGAACACAUCAUGUUCAAGAUUCCAAAAUGGGAUUUGUGAUCAAUGCUAUCUAUUCCAUGGCCUACGGGCUCCACAACAUGCAGAUGUCCCUCUGCCCAGGCUACGCGGGCCUCUGCGAUGCAAUGAAGCCUAUCGAUGGACGGAAACUUUUGGACUCCCUGAUGAAAACCAAUUUUACUGGGGUUUCUGGAGACAUGAUCCUAUUCGAUGAGAACGGAGACUCUCCAGGAAGGUAUGAAAUAAUGAAUUUCAAGGAAAUGGGAAAAGAUUAUUUUGAUUACAUCAAUGUUGGAAGCUGGGACAACGGAGAAUUAAAAAUGGAUGAUGAUGAAGUAUGGUCCAAGAAGAGCAACAUCAUCAGAUCUGUGUGCAGUGAACCAUGUGAGAAAGGCCAGAUAAAGGUUAUCCGGAAGGGAGAAGUCAGCUGUUGUUGGACCUGUACACCUUGUAAAGAGAAUGAGUAUGUCUUUGAUGAGUACACCUGCAAGGCAUGCCAGCUGGGGUCCUGGCCCACCGAUGACCUUACAGGUUGUGAUUUGAUCCCAGUACAGUAUCUUCGCUGGGGUGACCCUGAGCCCAUUGCAGCUGUGGUGUUUGCCUGCCUAGGCCUGCUCGCCACCCUGUUUGUUACUGCAGUCUUCAUCAUUUACCGAGAUACACCAGUAGUCAAGUCCUCCAGCAGGGAACUCUGUUACAUUAUCCUUGCUGGCAUCUGCCUGGGCUAUUUAUGUACCUUCUGCCUCAUUGCAAAGCCCAAACAGAUUUAUUGCUACCUUCAGAGAAUUGGCAUUGGUCUCUCCCCAGCCAUGAGCUACUCAGCCCUUGUAACCAAGACCAAUCGUAUUGCGAGGAUUCUGGCUGGCAGCAAGAAAAAGAUCUGUACCAAAAAGCCCAGAUUCAUGAGUGCCUGUGCCCAGCUAGUGAUUGCUUUCAUUCUCAUAUGCAUCCAGUUGGGCAUCAUCGUCGCCCUCUUUAUAAUGGAGCCUCCUGAUAUAAUGCACGACUACCCAAGUAUUCGAGAAGUCUACCUGAUUUGUAAUACCACCAACCUAGGAGUUGUCACUCCUCUCGGAUACAAUGGAUUGCUGAUUUUGAGCUGUACCUUCUAUGCUUUCAAGACCAGAAAUGUUCCAGCUAACUUCAACGAGGCCAAGUAUAUCGCCUUCACGAUGUACACCACCUGCAUUAUAUGGCUGGCCUUUGUGCCAAUCUACUUUGGCAGCAACUACAAAAUCAUCACCAUGUGUUUCUCAGUCAGCCUCAGUGCCACAGUGGCGCUGGGCUGCAUGUUUGUGCCGAAAGUGUACAUCAUCCUGGCCAAACCAGAGAGAAACGUGCGCAGCGCCUUCACCACGUCUACCGUGGUGCGCAUGCACGUGGGGGAUGGCAAGUCAUCCUCAGCAGCCAGCAGAUCCAGCAGCCUAGUCAACCUGUGGAAGAGGAGAGGCUCCUCUGGGGAAACCCUAAGGUACAAAGACAGGAGACUGGCCCAGCACAAGUCGGAAAUAGAGUGUUUCACCCCCAAAGGGAGUAUGGGGAAUGGUGGGAGAGCAACAAUGAGCAGCUCCAAUGGGAAAUCCGUCACGUGGGCUCAGAACGAGAAGAGCAGCCGGGGGCAGCACCUGUGGCAGCGGCUGUCCAUCCACAUCAACAAGAAGGAGAACCCCAACCAAACGGCCGUCAUCAAGCCCUUCCCCAAGAGCACGGAGAGCCGCGGCCUGGGCGCGGGGGGCGCGGGGGGCGCGGGCGCCGGCGCGGGGGGCCCGGGCGGCGCGAGCGGUGCGGGCGCCGGCCCCGGCGGGCCCGAGCCCCCCGACGCGGGCCCCAAGGCGCUGUACGACGUGGCGGAGGCCGAGGAGCACUUCCCCGCGCCCGCGCGCCCGCGCUCGCCGUCGCCCAUCAGCACGCUGAGCCGCCGCGCGGGCCCGGCCAGCCGCACGGACGACGACGUGCCGUCGCUGCACUCGGAGCCCGCGGCGCGCAGCAGCUCCUCGCAGGGCUCGCUCAUGGAGCAGAUCAGCAGCGUGGUGACCCGCUUCACGGCCAACAUCAGCGAGCUCAACUCCAUGAUGCUGUCCACCGCGGCGCCCGGGCCCGGCGUGGGCGCGCCGCUCUGCUCGGCCUACCUGAUCCCCAAAGAGAUCCAGCUGCCCACGACCAUGACGACGUUCGCCGAAAUCCAGCCGCUGCCCGCCAUCGAGGUCACCGGCGGCGCGCAGGCCGCGGCGGCGGCCCCGCCGGCUGGGGGCGCUGCCCGGGAGAGCCCGGCGGCCGGGCCCGAGGCUGCGGCCGGCAAGCCGGACCUGGAGGAGUUGGUGGCUCUCACCCCGCCGUCGCCCUUCAGAGACUCGGUGGACUCGGGGAGUACAGGCCCCAACUCGCCAGUGUCCGAGUCGGCCCUCUGUAUCCCAUCGUCUCCCAAAUACGACACGCUUAUCAUAAGAGAUUACACUCAGAGCUCCUCGUCGUUGUGAAUGUCAUUGGAAACCACGCGGGGUUCCGCUGACCGAGCCGAGACCUCCGGUGGGCACACAGACACAGUGACGUGCAUAGUCGCCUGGUUAAGACCCGAGGUGGAAGAUGCCAAGUACACCCAUAAUGGAAACAUGAGAUUAAUAGUGCUAUUUCACAUCAACCGACGAAGACACCAACUACAAAUCUUUUGGCAGAUUUUCUUCUAGUGGCCUUAGAAAACAUGGGCUUUUAAGAAACUGCUUCUAUUUUUGAGGGCUGACAAGGAGGCUGUUGAAACAGUUAUAUACCAAGUGCUUUGCUCUAGGGAAGCAAGGAGUGUGAAACAGCAUAACGGAGGGGAAAAAGCAUAGUUAAUAAGCAACUGUAAAAAGUUUUGUUUACUUUAAUUCUUUUCCCAGAAGAUUCUUUGAUUCACCAAACAUGAAUGUACAUUUUCUAACAAACUCAAAAUCUGGGACCAAAAUGUCAACCUUUCUCUUUUUUUUUCUUUCUUUUUUCUUUCCUUUAAAGACCUUGAAAAGCAGUAACUUGGGCCCAGUUUUUACUGAGGCAUUGUUGUGUGUCCCACGCAUAACACACAACUGGACAGUGAGUGCUGCGCUGAUGUAUGUAGGGCUUUUACCAGAGACUUUCCUCUCCCCCGUUUGGUUGUGAAAUCCUCUUCUGAAGGCCUGCAUCCGGGAUUCCACCUAGUUAUUUCAAUUCACCUCCAUUAACCGAGAAAACCAGUGGAAGAUUUCUUGACUAUUUCACCAUGUUGCCAAUCAAUACUGGAGUAGCAAAAAAAAAAUAUUUUCUGGAAUACUGUUUUGUAAUUCCCUCACCGGGGUGCGUUGUGUAGCUGGAAAUUCUCUUUAUAAUAAUAAUAAUUCUAGAGCUCCAGCCUGGCUCUCUCUUUCAUGAAUUUGGCCACUCCUCCUUAUGAAUGCUGUUCCGUUAGCAUUGCCAGCUAAAAUAUUAAAAUAUGCAUUUGGGCUUCUUCAUUCCUUUGUUUUGAGAACCUGACGCACAAAGAACUCCUCUGUUCUUUCAAGUCCCACCACUGGAAGAAUGGUCCAUACACCCAGUGAAGACAUUGUCACGAUGGGAGGGACUGUUGUUCAAAAAAUUAACACAAUCUUAAUACACUGGAAAUUUUAAACUGUGUCAAGUUGGCU